CAGCUUCGAAGCAGCCAUUGCCGCCCCCUCGCGGCUGUCGCAUCACCAUGGCUCUGCGACGGCAGAAUCUGUCUCCGACGGCGAACCUACUACGCAAUUCCCGCCUUUUCUCUCUCCCCAAUCCUCUCCCGCCGCCCUCCGUGUCAUCGACAUUUGGAUCUGCGAACAAGACGUCCGACACCGCUACCCUUCCGUAUCCCACCCACCAAGCCAUUGCUACGACACCGAGCUCCCUCUCUCGCGGCGAUUGGGGUUUGAAACGACCGCUGCCUGCCCGAUCUCGUAUCCUCCAAACAAGCAACCCGGUCGUAAGAAUAAAACAAUGGGAUACAAUUGAGCACGUCACAGACUUCGAUUCGGCAUCCGACCACGUGCGGACGCGGGAAAAGUUUCUGGAGAUGGCAGUUCCAGUGUUGAGGGGCAUGAGCCACUUCAACGAGAAAGAUCUGUCGGCGCCGCCGCCGAAGAGCGCAUUCGAGAAGGACGCGGACGUUACCUCAUACGAUGUCGAGGACGGCCUUGACGGUGCCGGUAUCGCACUACAGGUACUCAGGCAGAGCUUUGACAUGUCGAAGAAAGCACCAAAGGAUGCAUCGCAGAAGACGUGGCUCCCCAAUCUGCGCUGGAAGCAUGAUGGGCCGUGGCUCCCCGGCUUGGCCGCUGAGGAAUUCAAUUCGUACAUUACCAAUGAACUCUCGAAACGUCGGCAAGAGUUCAACCAGUAUCUCGAAAACUUUGUCAAGGCGCAGAUAUAUGCGCGCCGGAGCAGUGCUGCUAAAGAAGCGGGCGCCCUUCCCUUGGAUCCGGAGGCAGCUGAGAAGAUGCGCGCCGCCCAAGAGAAAGAGUGGUCCACAUUUACGCCGGAAGAUAUCACAGCAGGCAUCCGUGCGCUUCGCGAGAAGUGCGCUGCCGAUCCUCUCAAUUCAGACCUCGUUCAAAAACUCAUCAUUCCCUUCCUUCGUCUUCCUCCAAUGAAGCUGAAGUCGACUAUGUAUGCUCAAGCCGGAAUCGACAUCAUCGAUAAUCAGAAGUUCGCCGACGAGACGACGCCUAAUUCCACCCACCCUUCCGCCGGUCUUGGUUAUUUGCGCACGAAAGCAUACAUCGCCAAUCACCCCAUCCUCGGGCCCCAGGAGUGGCCGUCGCCCAUUACAGCGCGUGUGGUCCAGGCCAGGAGAACGCGUUCAGUGACCCAAGCGCGCGCCAAGCUGGGUGUCGCUGGUUUCGUUGCGGAUGACGAAUUCCGGAGCACUCCCGUGGGCUACAACAGUGGCAACAGUGUCGAGGAUCUUGGUGUACUGGACGUCGAGACUGAGGGCGGCCGCAAGGUUCACGUGCAACCUCUCUUCGCCGCCGUGGAUCCAAGUGGAAAGAUUCAUAUCAAGGUGCGGCGAAGCCAUGGGGCGGAGCUGCAGGUCGCACGGGGCCAGCUGGAGGACCGGCCACCCGAGAGGAAGAAUGUGGACCGGAAUCCGCUUGCUAGUCUAAAACUGGGCGGGAGUGGGAACCGAGGCCCAGAUAACGCGCAGGAUGAGCAGAUGGAAGGCUUCUUCGAACUGAUGAAGGAGGCUGAGAAGAACGGGCAGUUCAACGGGGAGAGGUCCUCAAGGUAAAAAGAGCUGUAAAGUUGAAACUGUAUGAUAUGGUACUGUUGGAGUUGUGCUUGAAGACGUCUGGACUAUAUUGACAUGGGGUACAGGGUAUGGCAUACGGAGGAUUUAGCAGCUGUUACUACGCAUAUAUCCUGCCUUCAUCUCUUACGCUGAAAUCGGAAUACUCAAGCGAAGCAUUGCACAGCUCGAUUCGCGAUACCCCAAGGGGGAAUAUAGAAGCUGCACCAAUAAGGGC